AUGCCCUCGUCUUCGCAAUACGCUUCAUAUAAUGCCGGCCAACGACAAUACCAGCAAGGUUAUCCCCAGGGGUACCAAGGCUAUCAAGGAUACCAGAAAGAUCCUCAGCAGCAGCAGGAACAGCGACAGGAUACCAGCCGUAGCCAACCACAGCAGCAGCCACAGUACCCGAAUGCACAGUAUUCACAAUCUCAGUACUCACAGGCACCAAACCCACAACCUCAAUAUGCCCAGGCUCCUUGUUCGCGACCCCCGGUCUCACAGGCUCAAUACUCGGAGCCGUAUCCCCAGGCGUACCCUCAGAUUCAACAGCAAUACCCGCAGCAGUACCCUCAGCCAUAUCCUCUACAGCAGUAUCCGCAACAGUAUCCUACAGGCUAUCAAAAUGACCAGUACCAACAAUACCCGGCUCCUACUCCUGUACCGGAAGAAUCCAAUGCCGCUGAAGCGGAUCCAAUUCUUCGCCCAUCCUCGCGGUAUGGGAAGCGACCAUGCGUCAUCCCUCAGGUGACAAAGGUAUUCGGUGGAUCCUUUUUCAGUCCCUUUGUGCGUGUCCGCGCCCCAGAGCUGGAGGAAACCUAUCCCAUACCAGAAGCCAAGUUCCUUCAGUUUCUUGAUGGCCUCAACGAGGCGUUCAUUGCCAACCCCGCGCUUCAGGCUGCCGACGGAGUUGGAAAUAUUCUCGGUUUCAUCCCUUCUAUUACUACCCAAGUGGUAGGUGGUGGCCUCAAUAUUGUUGCUGGUUUCGGAACUGUCGGUGUAUCGAAGGGCCGCACAAGAAGUUAUCUUAAGAAAGCAAACCUGGAAAUUUGGAACCCAAUUGGGGUGCAUGCCCAAGUUUUAAAGACUGAGAAAAUGCUUGCUCUCGCUGGAAUACCCAAAGAGAAAAACCCAUUCAAUCCCAAAACAGCGGGAGAUGGAGUCAAUAGUCUCAUGCCUGCUGGGCCGCCUUCAGCUAAUGGCGUGGGCAUACCAACAACGCAGCUGCCACCGCCACCAACGGAGCAGGAUAUGAAGGUAGCUAUCAAAAAGCGUAUGGAUUUACUUGGAGACAAUGUUAUGCCACUUACGUUCAAUAAUGUUGCUCCUCCUACUGAGCAGACCAACUGGAUGAAGAAAAUGGGCGCCAAGGCUGCAGCUGAGAAGGAAAAGGAACAACUGAAUGAGAUGCAUGGUAUUUCAGAUCGAGGUGAUGUGAAAGAGGCGGAAGAAGAUGUGCAAGAGCUCCAGGCACAGAUGGAUGCUAUCAAUAUAAAGAUGCAGAGGGCCUCUGGAAAGAAAGCUAAGGAUUUGCAGAAAGACAUGGAAGAUGUGCAAAAGGACAUGCGCACUGCACAGGAGGAGCUACAGAAAGAAUUGGAAAAAGCGCACAAAGCAGAUGAUAAGAUUAAGAAGAAGCAGCAGAAGGGUGGAGGAAAGGUCCAAGCCAAGCAGGUCAAUGGGCAACGCUGGCUUGUUAUCGCCCCCAAGGAUCAAUGUUUCGCUGAUGAUGAUUUGGAGGAAGAUGGCAGCGAUUCCAAGGCUGGAGAAACGACAAAUGCAGGAAGUGGACAAAAUACAGGUGGUGAGAAGAAACGCCAUUGGUGGAGCAGGCACUAA